UUCUUAAUCGGCGAUGUGGGUGGAGCACCAUCCGGAAGGGACGUACACGCAAGAGACGAACAAGGAAAUACAGCUCUGCAUUUUGCUGCUGAUACUGGUAAUUUGAAGGAAGCAAAAAAGCUCAUCGCUGAAGGAGCCAUUUUUGAUAGUGAAAAUAAUAUGAAAUCGACACCUCUUCAUAUAGCUGCUUUUAAAGGGCACAAAGAUAUUGCUAAACUUCUCAUCGGCAAAGGGGCCAAACUUGAUAGUAAAAAUAAUUUGGGAAAUACACCUCUUCAUUAUGCUGCUGAGUAUGGUUACAAAAGUAUCGCUAAGCUUCUCAUCGAUAAAGGAGCCAAUACUGGUAUUAAAAAUAAUGCGAAUCGUGUACCUCUUCAAUAUGCUGCUCAGAAUGGCAACGAUGAUGUCGUCAAACUUUUUGUCGGUAAAGGAAAGAAAAUUAAUAUGGAAGAGCAAUUGGAAUAGAUUCAAUAUGCUGCCAACAAUGGUGGCGAAUAGCUGAAUAAUCGGAUGAUUUCUUUCAGUUCCCGUAUUCAAUUGUAGUGCCAUAUUUUAAAUAAAUUGCCAUAAAUUCAACCAUGCCGAUGUUGUUACUUUGUUGGAACAUCGGUUUUCAGGAAAAAAACAGCUCAAAAUUUUUCAAUUGUUCAUGGUAUUGAAUGGUUUUCUCCUGGAUUUGUGCAACCCCAAACCCCAAACGUGCUGAAUAUGAAACGCGAUCUGAAUGAGUGAUAUCUCGUAGGUAACCAUCGAGAGACAUCACAUCCAAAUCGAAUAUUUGUUGAAGAAAUCCAGCGGAAGAAUGUUCUACCCGAAACCUAAGCCACAAGCGGUCCACAUUAAAAAUCCAAUUAGUUCUUUUGACAGAAUGUAAAUAAAUUGUUCCGAGUAAAUCGUAAGAAUUAAUCCAAAUUUCAAUCUGGUUUGAACCGUG